AUGAUCCACGCGGACCACAAAGAAAUGGUCAAGUUUGAGUCAAAAGAGGAUAAUGACUAUGAGAAAGUUUUAGACCAUUUAACCAUUAUGGUUGAAAGUGCAGGCAGCGUUAUCGGCCUACAGUGGGAAGAAGAGGUUAGGGUUAAUGCGGCUCGAAGCAAUCUUAAAGAGAGCUUUUCUGUCGUCUUGAGCUUGUCUGAGGCCUCUAGGACCGAUCACUUUGUUGCGAGACAAGCGGAGCUAGCUAUAAUGCACAAGGCGCUCAGCGAGGGCACCGGUCGUCAAGCAGUCACUCUGCACGGCCUAGGCGGGAUCGGGAAAACGCAGCUGGCGGUUGCAUACGCCAUGGCCCAUCGAGACAAUUAUUCGGCGAUAUUCUGGCUAAACAUCAAAGACAAAGUGUCAGUGAAGCAGAGCUACUCGCGGCUAGCAAAGCGGAUCUUGCAGGACUGCCCGUCAGCCAGCCAGUUAGGUGUUUUCAUAGAUGACAAGAAGCAAGAUGAAGUGGUAGCAGCGGUCAAACAGUGGCUGGAGCAUGCCAAGAACACGCAGUGGUUAAUAGUAUUUGACAACUACGACAACCCUAAGGUGCCAGGCAAUGCGGAUCCUGGUGUAGUUGAUAUCCGGCAGUUUCUGCCCGAAGCACACCAUGGCUCGGUAAUCGUUACGACAAGGUCAUCGAAGGUCAGUAUAGGCCUUCGCGUGAAGGUAGGCAAGUUAGAAGACGUCCGCGACAGUCUGCAGAUCCUGUCUGAUGCAUCACAUCGCGAGGGUGUGAUAGACGAUCCUAAUGCUGCCGAGCUUGCUAGAGAGCUGGAUGGACUGCCAUUAGCUUUAGCUACGGCAGGCGCCUACCUUGAUCAGGUAGCAACAAGCUUUGCUGACUACCUUGGUCUGUACCGGGCGUCAUGGCGAAGGUUGCAACAAAUGAGCCCUGAAGUAAGCACAUACGAAGACCGGCAACUGUACUCAACAUGGCAGUUAUCUUUCGAUUACAUUAAGCAGCAGAACGAAGCAUCAUCUAAGCUGCUUCAGCUGUGGGCAUAUUUUGACAACCAUGACCUCUGGUUUGAGCUUCUGAGAGAGGGGAGGACUGGUGGACCGCAAUGGCUUUGUCAACUAACCGAGGAUGAGCUGAUUUUUACCGAGGCAGUGAGGGUGCUAUGCGACUACGGGUUAGUAGAUGUGGACAAGUCCUCUGAAGGAAAUGUAGUUGAGUCUCAGGGGUACGGGAUGCACAGCUGUGUGCACUCAUGGACGGUGUAUGUAGUCAACCAGACAUGGGAUUCUGAGAUGGCUGGGGUGGCUGUGGAUUGUAUAGGUAGACAUGUACCGGAGAAUAAUGUACAGCACUCGUGGCUGACUCAGCGUCGGCUUCUGCGACACUUGGCAAGGUGUUGGGGGUUUAUCAUUGACGGCAAGUUGGAUGAGGAUAGGAAGGUCUGGAUUCUGCAUAAAUUUGGGGGCGUAUGUUUGAAUCAGGGACAGCUUGACGAGGCGGAGAAGAUGUACUUGCGAGCGCUGCAAGGCAAAGAGAAGGCAUGGGGACCGGACCAUACAUCAACACUUGACACAGUCAACAACUUAGGCGCCCUCUACGCGGACCUAGGACGGCUUAACGAGGCAGAGAAGAUGUACUUGCGAGCGCUGCAAGGCUACGAGAAGGAAUGGGGACCAGACCAUACAUCAACACUCUCUACGGUUAAUAACUUAGGAUUGCUUUACGCGGACCUGGGACGGCUUGACGAGGCGGAGAAGAUGUCCUUGCGAGCGCUGCAAGGCAAAGAGAGGGCAUGGGGACUAGACCAUACAUCAACACUCAACACG